AUGGCGGAGUGUGGCGUGAUCGAGACGAAGGCCAUCCCCGACCUGUUCGACAAGGUGACCUUCCUGCGUCGUCGGCUGGCGGCCAUCCACGCGGCCAAGAAGGGCGACGACAAGGAGGCGACGACGUGGGUGGUGGGCAUCGAGGACUUCCUCAAGAGCUUCGGCGGUGCCCAGUGGCGCACGAGCGACAUCAUGAAGCUGGCCUGCCUCAACUCCCUGGUCUCCUACGAGUGCUGGCACCUCUUCUUUUGCCACCACCAAGAGCACUCGCCACCCACGCUGGAGUUUGGAGAAGCCGACGACGAGUUUGCGCUGCAACACCUGCCGCCCGAGAAUGAUGAUGAAGCCAACGAAGACGACGAGGCGAGCUACAUGACGUUCGGCACCCGACGGCCAUUCAAAGUGCACCCCAGCCAGGCGAGGACCUACUUCGGCAUUCGCAAACGAUCGGCCGAGGACAAGAUCAAAGAUCUGGGUUUCCACCGCGUGAAGAACCUCUUCCCCUCCGAUCACCCGUGGAUCAUCAAAAAGACGGGUCGUUUGUCGGAGAAGAACUACGAUGUGGUGGACAGCUUCAUGGUGGCCCACUACACGCGCAAGAUGGCCGUCGAGUCAGCCCUCUACAGCGACCCGCACCUCUUCGCUGAAUUCGAGGCCGCCUGGCUUCUCAAGAACAGCGCCGCCGUCGAGACCCUGCGACCACGGCACACCAACAAUCAUCAGCCGCCCGCCGAUGUCGAUGUCGUGAGCAAGAGGGCUGCGAGCGCGGAGCGGCGUAAGCAGAAGGGAGUGGAGCGGCGGGCGGAGAAGGAGUGGAAGGAGGAGGUGGACCGACGGGCCAGGGCGGCCUUCAAGAAGGCCAUCAGCGCCGCCGCCGAAGCGGCCCUCCCCGCGCCCUCCACCCUCGUUCGCGUCUGA